AUGAAAGCGGCUAGGGCGGACAUCACAGCGCGCAUGCGCAGAGUGUACCUGGACAACAAGCUAGAUGUCAUUAUCGGACCCGGUACCAGAGCACCGCAGUCCCUCAUGACACCUACGGAGUCCCAGCAUACACGAGCCUGGCUUGUGUCCUUCCGUCUGGGAAGUCCAAUGGAACAACCAGUGCGGAAUUUGUCCGCGACUUCACCUAUAUCCCACCUUGUUGAGGGAGCACCCUGUCAUAUGCAGUUUAUUGGCCGCCGACAGAAAGAUGAAAUUCUGACACAGCACGCACGUGUUAUUGAGAGAGUUUUGACUGAAUGA